GUGUGUGUGUGUGUGUGUGUGUCGGCGUGAAGCGGCGCUGCGUCCGCGGGAGGCAACCGCGUCCUUCCCUACCUGAGGCCGCACGCUCCGCGCGCUGGGAGCGGAGCGCUCCAGAUUUGCUUUGAGGUCACAUUGAUAGGAAAUUAUGGCGUCAUCUUUGAUAACUUCACCUGGGAGAGAGAGAGAUGUCUUUCUUACGAAAAAGACGUAAGGAAAGCGAAUGACCAAAGGAACUGUGCCAAAGGUCACUCUGCAUCUCUUUGUGUCGUCCAUAUACAUCAUAACCUCUCAAGAAAUGGCUUGCAGAUUAAGAAUUUGUUCAUCGAUGUUAUUUUUAGCAGUUUGAGAAGAAUCUCUUUUUGUUUUAACACGUAUAAAAACCUUUAAGGCCUUGUUUACUCUUCAGCAUUUUGUUUUGCUUUGUUUACGUUUAGAGCUUCAACACUGCCAUACUCUGUUUUCACUUGUCAAAGUUCUCAAAAAUUUGCACUGUCAGGAAAGAUAUGGACUUGGAAAACUGUGUCAUCGUAACUGAUUGCAGUGAAUUUAAGUGGACAGUUCAAGACGUCAUUCAUUUCAUCAUCCGAAGUAUCACAUGAGUGUGUAAUUCUCACAGAGAAUUAAUGCACGCAAGAUUGCUUGAAAAUGGCUUGGGUGAAAUUUUUACGGAAACCGGCUGGCAAUCUUGGAAAAGCUUAUCAGCCAGGGAGUAUGCUAUCCCUAGCCCCAACCAAAGGCUUGUUAAAUGAACCAGGACAAAAUAGCUGCUUUCUUAAUAGUGCUGUACAGGUUUUAUGGCAGUUGGACAUAUUCCGACGAAGUUUGCGAGUUCUCACUGGACAUGUUUGUCAAGGAGAUGCCUGCAUAUUCUGUGCAUUGAAGACAAUAUUUGCACAGUUUCAGCACAGCCGAGAAAAAGCACUCCCAUCAGACAACAUCAGGCACGCUCUCGCAGAAAGCUUCAAAGAUGAGCAGCGAUUCCAGCUUGGCCUUAUGGAUGAUGCUGCAGAGUGCUUUGAAAACAUACUGGAGAGGAUUCAUUUCCACAUCGUGCCAAGCAGGGACGCAGACAUGUGCACCUCCAAGUCCUGUAUCACCCAUCAGAAGUUCGCCAUGACUCUGUAUGAGCAGUGUGUGUGUCGUAGCUGUGGAGCAUCAUCUGACCCUCUACCUUUUACAGAAUUUGUGCGGUACAUUUCUACAACAGCCCUAUGCAAUGAAGUUGAAAGAAUGAUGGAAAGAAAUGAACGCUUUAAACCUGAAAUGUUUGCAGAAUUGCUGCAAGCAGCAAAUACAACAGAUGACUAUAGGAAAUGUCCUAGCAACUGUGGCCAAAAAAUAAAAAUUCGUCGUGUUUUAAUGAAUUGUCCAGAGAUUGUUACAAUUGGAUUAGUCUGGGAUUCUGAGCAUUCAGACUUGACUGAAGAUGUUGUUCGGAAUCUGACAACACAUCUUUAUCUUCCUGGGCUUUUUUAUAGGGUAACUGAUGAAAAUGCCAAAAACAGUGAACUUCACCUGGUUGGUAUGAUCUGCUACACCAGCCGACAUUAUUGUGCCUUUGCUUUUCAUACGAAGAGUUCUAAAUGGGUGUUUUUUGAUGAUGCCAAUGUAAAAGAGGUUGGAGCUAAAUGGAAAGAUGUGGUCUCCAAGUGCAUUCGUUGCCACUUUCAGCCGCUGCUUUUGUUUUAUGCAAACCCAGAAGGCACAGCAGUUUCUACAGAAGAUGCACUUAGGCAGGUGGUCAACUGGUCACAUUACAAAUCUGGUGCAGAAAAUAUGGGACAUGAAAAGCCUACAUUUUAUAAGCCUGAUAAUUCAAGAGAAAAUGAAUUUGGUGAUCAGGUAAAACAGAGAGAAAACCAGAAAUUUCAAACUGAUCAUAUUUCAUUGUUUACUCGAAACCACAUUCAGACAAGUGGAGGGAGAGGGCCAGUAAAGUUAACUCACAAUGAUCAAAGGGAAAAGAUGAAAGACAUUUCCAGAGAAUGUGCCCUGAAAGCCAUUGAACAGAAAAAUGCACUUUCCUCUCAAAGGAGAGACUUAGAGAAGGGGCAAAGAAGAGAUGUAGGCCGACAUAAAGAUUUGGUUGAUGAGGAUCUGUCCCAUUUCAAAGCCGGGUCUCCCCCUACCCCAAAUGGCUUUCGACAGAUUGGGAAUCCACACCUGUAUCAGAGUCAAGGAAAAGGACCCUAUAAGCAGGAGCGGGUUGCGCAUCAGGGUCGAUCCUCUGCACAGGGAAGUUCAAGCAAAUCCCAGAUUCCUGCUGCAGGAGAGAAAGUGGCUGGCAAAGCGAAGAGUGACAGCGGCACUGGCUAUGAGACAGACAGCAGCCAGGAUUCCAGGGAUAAAGGAAGCAGCUGUAACAGCAGCAGUAAGAACCGGAACCGCGGUUGGAAACCUAUGAGAGAAACGUUAAAUGUGGACAGCAUUUUCAGUGAAAGUGAAAAAAAGCAGCACAGUCCAAGACAUAAAUCAAAUAUCAGUAACAAGCCUAAAUGUAGCAAAGAACAGAAUUUUAAUAAUUGGCCAAAGGAGAAUCCAAAACAGAGAGGCUUAAUGACCAUUUAUGAAGAUGAAAUGAAGCAGGAAAUCGGAAGCAGAAGUUCCCUUGAAUCAAAUGGAAAAGGAAUGGAGAAAAACCGAGGCCUCCCCGAGAGUAAAGUUCACGGCGACGCUUGGCAGGUGCAAAGGGCUGAGUCUGGGUAUGAGAGCAGUGACCACAUCAGUAAUGGAUCCAUGAACUUGGACUCACCUGUCGUUGACGGAAAUGGUACCACAAUAGAGAGCGGUGGUGUUAAAGAAACAGUAACCUUCAGUGAUCAGAGUAAGAUGAGCAGCUCAAAUUCAGAACACCUGAACUGUAACUCCCAUCAGAGUAAAAGCCACUUAGAAGGUUUUAGAAAAGAACUCAAGAACUUGGAAGCAGGUUGUAAAUCUCCUGAGUUCAACUCGGAAUCACACCCACAAAUAAAAAGUCAUUUGAUAAAAAGGCCACAUAUCCUUGACCCCAGUGGAAAGCUGCUUUCUUCAUCCAGUCCACAAGUACUCAAGGAUCAUACUGUUAGAGAGCUCUUCCACCAGUCAGACGGACAGAAGCUGGAAAAGCCUGAGGAUGGAAAGUUUUCUGAGUGGCGUAAUCCAGAAAAUUCUGAGAGAACAGAUAUUCCUUUUCCUGGUGACGGUAGCUCCACUUCUGGGAAGAAAAUGAACAAUAAUGAGAUACCAUCACCGUCUUCAUUGUGGUUAUCACACACAAGAACUGUUGGGUUAAAACCAGAAACCACUCCUUCCACCCAUCAGCAAAGUAUGAUGCAGCAAGGUUACUCUGAAAAUUCUCUGUCAAGGGAACAUGUAACUAAGUCAACCUGCAGAGCUGAUGGUUGUCAGUUGCCAAAACUUUACCAGAAUUCACCACCCCCUUUGCCACCAAAGAAAUAUGCUGUAACCAGUGUGCCACAGUCAGAGAAAAACGACUCUACACCUGAUGUUAAACUUGCAGAAAUGCUUAAAGCUAAUUCUUCUAGUCUUCCGAAGCACAAUUUAUGUACAGCUCCAGAAGCAAGGGUGGAAGUAAAUACAUAUAUGAAUGAUGGAAGCUGUAAAGAAACAUUCCAAGUGAAAGAGCAAGUUGGCAACACACCAAACUACUCGGGAAACCCAACUAAAGAUUUUCAGUCAAACAGAGGGACAAUUGUUGAUGGAUUUUGCCAACCCAGUUCUGCAUGUCCAAAUGAGAAAAUGGCAUUAACCACGUAUUUUUCCGUUGAUAGCUGCAUGACUGACACAUACAGGUUGAAGUAUCAUCAGAGGCCCAAGCUCUGCUUUCCAGGGAUCAGUGACUUCUAUGAUGAGAAUUCACUGUCUGAGAGUGAAAGAGGGUUGGGACCCAUGUUACAUACUAGUCUUGGUUCAAACUGUUCUUCUGAGCAAAGAUGUAAACCUACUCUACACUGUAACAGAUAAUGAUGAAAUUGGAAAGCAUUUAUUUCUCACAGGCCAUUAAAAUAUAAUAGGAUCAUACUGAGCAAACCUAAAGAUACAUAAAAUUAAAACUCAUGACAUUUUUUGUCACUUAAUCUAUGUUAUUUCGUGAUGAUCAGUUUGUUGGAUAUUACAGAAACCUUUUUGGCAUGCCCCCCAAAAAAGAAGGGUAUCUAACAAUUCAUUUUCGUAACUAUAGCUGAGCAAACAUUAAAUUUUGCCCCUCUGUUACAUGGCUAGUAGUGCCAUUAAUUAUUAAGUUAUAUAGUGCUUAAUAUAUGCAGAUUAGUUAACCAUGCUAAUUGAAAAAAAUGGGAGGUAGUUUAAUUAGUCCAAGAAGUAUUUGCUUUAUGAAGACGCACUUUUUAAUGGGUAACAAAUGGCUUCACCCAUUUGUUUUUGACUUCUGUGAAAGUCCACUAGAUGUGAUCCCUUUAAGUGUCUUUAAAAACACAGCUGACCCAUGGAUUUGACAGCAUUUCAAAAAGAAUGCCUUAAUAAUGAAAAAAUGUUAAAUUAAACCUUGGCGCUCAGACAGAACUCAAUUUAACUCCUAGAACUUUUAUUUUUCAGAAAGUCUAGUUACGAUAAAUUAGGCCUCUGGCUAUUAUAUAUAUUUACUUCAGCUGUGUAAGCUAAAAGGUUAAAAUACUUAACAUUUAGUGUAUUUAUCUUGUUACACAUUUUUCUAAUUUUACAUGAAAUGUGAAAGGUUUUUAUAUUUUGGUUUACUUUUGACUGCUAAUAACCAGUGUUAGGAAUUAACCGUGGGCCGUAUUAUUGGGGAUAUCUCUCUGCUUAUAUUUUCUGUCUGUAAACUUUACCUGCUUAAAGGCUGGCAUCCACAUUGCUUAAAUCUGAACGUUUUUCUGGUUUCCAGGUAAAUCUCCACCUUCAUAUGGAAGAGUUAAUUUUAAUGAAUGGUUAAUUAAUUUGAGUAUCAUUCCCUUUUUCCUUAAACAGUAAUUUACUCUAGCUAAUUUCAUGGGGAGAGUUUUCUUUUGAAAGUAAAAGGAAUUUUGUUAUGAUAACCUUACCAGUGAAAAUAAGCUACUUUAAUUGCCUUAUUUCAUUUGUUGUCAUUCUCUCUGUACUAAGGUGGUACACUGUGGUUUAGAAUAGUUUUUAAAAUGUCCACUCCAAGAACUGAGUCACAGAAUUAAGUUUUUUUUAUAUUCCUAAAUGGAUAGACUUCAUAAAUUUAAUUCAGCAAACAAAUGAUUAUCUCCUGACAGAUUCAGUAAAUUGCAUUAAAAUAUUCCAAAAUGUAAAUGAUUAAAAUAAAUACUUUUUGUAAAACAGAAUAUAAUUACUUAUAAAUGUCUAAGCUUACUGUUUUCAAAUAUUGUUCAGAGUUUAUAUUCUGAAAGUUGUAGAAAAGUUUGUACUGGCUUUUUCUAACUAUAAUGGUUGGUGAUUAUUCCUUUAUAAUCUCUUAAUUUAGAAAUACUUGAAUACUAACUAAAAUUUUAUCUUUUCAGAAAGCUUAUUUUUUAACAACUUUUCAUAUGAAGGAUUUGUAAAUAAUGUGAAUAUUGUGAAUUUGUAUUUGAAAUGUCUUUUUUAUCACUGCUUUUAAUAACUAAAAUACUAGAAAAAUGGGCUUCAGGUAGUCAAUGGCUUUCAAAGACUUUGUAAAUCUUUAACUUCAAUGUGGUUAAGCUGUCCAGUUGGAAAUGUAUUAUUUCCAGCAUUUAAGCAGCAGUUUCCCACACUGUGCUUCAACUCACGAUUUGAGCUGUAAAACAUCAGGUAGUUCCAGUCUUGCCUCUCUUCAUGAACUCUCCAGUUGGAAUCUCCUGAGUCAUAUGAAACUAAACAAACACGUUUUCAUAGUGACUCAACACUCCAAAUAGAUUUUACACGUACACUUGCUAGCUGGUAAUUCACAUGUAAAAUUUUUACUUCUAGGGUGCCUAUUUAUUUUUAUAGAUGUCUUCAUCUAGUUACAGGCUUCUACCUGUUUAAAAAACACAGCAAAAAAAUUGUAAAGCUUAAAAUACUUAUUUUUAGAUGUUACAUUUUCAUGUGAAAUCAGUUUCUUCCAGUUCAAAAAAUCUUUAAGAUAAACUGAAUUUUAAGUCAAUAUGCUUGGUAUUUUCUUUGCAUCCAUGAACUGUGGUACCCCUUCCUCCAUGUAUAUUAUGCAUUUUAUGGGAAAUAGGAGCCAGUUUAAGAUUCAUGAGAACUUGGAAUUUCACUGUUAAUAUGGGAAAUUCCAAAGUUAAAUUCCAAGGUCUGUAUCACAAUUCUAAAGGAGUGAGCAAGCUUCCCUUGAAGUUACAGAAAGCAAAUAAUUUAGAACUAUUCCAUCUAUGUAAUUAGUCGACUCUGCUUUUGUAACGUGAAAGCAGCCAUAAUAUGUAAAAAAGUAGGCAUCACUGUUUUCCAAUAAAACUGUCAACCUUAAAA